UGGAGAGGCAGCUAGGGAUGCCGUCCAGAAACACAGACCCAUCCCUGAGUGACAGCAGUAACGCAGAGCACGCCCGUGUUUGUGCAGAAUGACCCCUUGCAGGGAGCUUGCAACCCUCUGAAAGCUUUGCCGUUUCUUCUAGUUUGGUGGGAUGGAUAAGCCAGGCCUUUUGCUGUAGAGGCGUGCUCCCUCCUGCCUGUAACCCCUAACCUGGACAGGGACCUGGGUCCUCCUCGUAGCUGCCUGCACCCCGUCACCCCGGGAAUGUCAUCCCUCACGUCCGUGGUGCGGAGCGGGUUACGCAGGAGGGACCUGGGAGCGGAGUUUCUGCAGCGUCCGAAAACUUUGAUUCGUCUGUGAAGGCAGUGAAUGAACGAGGGAUAUGACCUGGAAAGGAUAAACAGGAAAAUGGGGAUGUUUCUCCAGCUUGGAAAAGGCUUGCUUUUUUUUCGCCCCCUGUCUCAGGAUCACUGGAAGGGAUUAUACAAAUGAGAGCAGGAAACUGCAGUCAGGGCUUUGCCAGAAAUAGAUUUUUUUUCUUCUUCUUCUUCUGAUAUAAAUGAAGAAAUAUGGGAGUCCGUAGAGGCUGUUCCACAUGCACCCUCACAUUUUGAUUGCCAAGUCAUUUGCAUUCGUAUAUAAAGUGACAUCCACCCUGCAAUGGGAGUUGACAUGUAAUCACAAAGAAUAAAAACUCCUGGAAACAUCUACGUGCCACUGAUACAACUUCAGAAAAGAAGUUUGGAACAAGUGGAAAAUGUACUGAAUAUUUUCGGACCAGUAGAAGACAAGUAUCAUCUUGGAAGAUGUUAAAUAUUAAUUUUUUACCUAAUCGCCGUCAUUCGUGGAUUUGCUUCGAUGUGGAAAAUGGCCCGUCACCAGGUCGCAGCCCGCUGGACCCGCAGGCCAGCUCCUCAUCAGGACUCGUAUUGCACACGACGUUCCCGGGCCACAGCCAGCGCAGGGAGUCGUUCCUGUACAGGUCCGACAGCGACUAUGACUUAUCACCAAAGACGAUGUCCAGGAACUCUUCUCUCCCAAGUGAACAGCAUGGGGACGACCUGAUUGUCACACCUUUCGCCCAGGUGCUGGCGAGCCUGCGAAGCGUGAGGAACAACUUCACGCUCCUUACCAAUUUGCACGGCACCUCCAACAAGAGAUCUCCAGCAACGAGUCAGCCACCUGUCUCCAGAGUUAACCUGCAAGAGGAGCCCUACCAGAAGCUGGCCAUGGAGACGCUGGAGGAGCUCGACUGGUGCCUGGAUCAGCUGGAGACCAUCCAGACCUACCGCUCCGUCAGCGAGAUGGCAUCCAACAAGUUCAAGAGGAUGCUGAACCGGGAACUGACACACCUCUCCGAGAUGAGCCGCUCUGGCAACCAGGUGUCCGAGUACAUUUCCAACACUUUCCUGGACAAGCAGAAUGAUGUGGAGAUUCCUUCUCCCACCCAGAAAGACAGAGAGAAAAAGAAAAAACAGCAGCUCAUGACACAGAUCAGUGGAGUGAAAAAAUUAAUGCAUAGUUCAAGCUUAAAUAACACCAGCAUUUCACGAUUUGGUGUGAAAACAGAAAAGGAAGACCAUCUGGCCAAGGAACUGGAAGAUCUGAAUAAGUGGGGUCUCAACAUAUUUAAUGUUGCAAGGUAUUCCCACAACAGGCCGCUCACCUGCAUUAUGUACGCUAUAUUUCAGGAGCGAGAUCUACUAAAAACAUUCAAGAUCUCAUCAGACACUUUUGUGACGUACAUGAUGACGCUAGAAGACCACUACCAUUCGGACGUAGCUUACCACAACAGCCUCCAUGCUGCUGAUGUUGCCCAAUCCACGCACGUUCUGCUCUCUACCCCCGCGCUGGAUGCCGUCUUCACUGAUUUGGAAAUCCUUGCUGCAAUUUUUGCAGCUGCAAUUCAUGAUGUAGAUCACCCUGGGGUCUCCAAUCAAUUUCUUAUUAAUACAAAUUCUGAACUAGCCCUGAUGUACAAUGACGAAUCUGUCCUGGAGAACCACCAUCUUGCUGUGGGUUUCAAACUGCUUCAAGAGGAGCACUGUGACAUCUUCCAGAACCUGACCAAGAAACAGCGUCAGACGCUCAGGAAGAUGGUGAUCGACAUGGUAUUGGCAACAGAUAUGUCCAAGCAUAUGAGUCUGUUAGCUGAUCUGAAGACUAUGGUGGAAACCAAGAAAGUGACCAGUUCAGGAGUCCUCCUUCUGGACAACUACACAGACAGAAUACAGGUUCUCCGAAAUAUGGUACAUUGUGCAGACUUGAGUAAUCCCACAAAGUCUCUGGAGCUGUACCGGCAGUGGACGGACAGGAUCAUGGAAGAGUUCUUCCAGCAGGGAGACAAAGAGCGAGAAAGAGGAAUGGAAAUCAGUCCAAUGUGCGACAAACACACAGCGUCAGUGGAAAAAUCACAGGUGGGAUUCAUUGACUACAUCGUCCAUCCGCUCUGGGAGACGUGGGCUGACCUGGUGCAGCCCGACGCCCAGGACAUCCUGGACACGCUGGAGGACAACAGGAACUGGUACCAGAGCAUGAUACCUCAGAGCCCAUCUCCUCCGCUGGAGGAGCGGGGCAGGGACUGUCAGAGCCUGAUGGAGAAGUUCCAGUUUGAACUGACGCUGGAGGAGGAGGAUUCGGAUGGACCAGAGAAGGACGGCGAGAGCAUCGGCUACUUCAGCAAUACAAAGACACUCUGCGUGGCCGACCCGGGGGAAGAGGACCCACAGAGGGAGGCGAACAUAGAAAUUGUGACAGAAGAUACGUCUCCUGUUGACACAUAAUGUCGUGUACCUGUGUGAGUGGAUUUUAAACACUUAAUGAGCAUGCAAGCAGUCUGAUGGACUAGCCUGCAGCCUGGGUCUGAGGCCUGUGUCUAACAUUGGCUAAAAGAUCUUCCCAGCUACUUGAGAUUGGAGUCAGGGUUAAAGAUCGUGUAGUGAAUGAUUGCUCAGGAAAUUAACAGGUGAUUUACGUUGUGGUUUAAGCCUUGUCAGCUAAGAGCAUGGUGUUGUCCUGGAGCUGGCUUGGGUUGUGACUGAAGAGUAAAUGACACACAACUGAGAGAUUUUAUACUGUUAGUUUUGGAAUUUAUACCAGUUAGACUGAUAGAAACUACUGAUUAAUAACUCUCCAUAUAAAACCUGUCCACCUGACCACCUGUCUGCAGACCUGUGUGCCUUCUUUGUAAACACUUUCAUGUCUUUUCAAGAGUCUAUUAAUUAAAUACACAGAGUUUAGUAUAAAAAACGACACAAAGUGUUUCAAAAUUGAUGGAUACUUUUUUGAUUCUUCCUGUUACAAGAAGCAGUCUUCCUUUUUUCAUGGGCAAUACCUGUCACUUUAUUGCAGUUAAUCACUUUUACAGAUUAAUAGAAGGGAAACCCUCUGUUUUGCGUUACUGCACCUUUAAUUGUCUUCUUAAUACCCCAGGCGACCCAUUUAAAGUCACUUCAUGCCACCGUGCACCAUCUCUGUUCGCUUGCUAGGAAUAACAGUAUUUUUUCCUCAAUGGGGUUUUAUUUUUGUCGUGCGCAGGAUAGAGGGUAGUUUGUUUCCAUGGCACAGCGCAGUACAUAUAUAAUAAGCGUGAUAAGGCAGCGUGUGACGCGCGUUCCCCCUCGGCAGCUCCUUGGCUCAGUGGAAUUUGCACGCUCGGACAUUUGUGUUUCUCUCGCCUACCGUUCACGUUUCCUAGGUUUAGGUCCACCGUUCUCCUCCUGCACUGCCUUGAGCUCUAACACCUCCAUUACUGUUUAUAACAGUGUAUUUAUUACGUAAUGUAUAUACUGUAAUGUUUUGUAAGUUAUUAAUUUAUAUGAAUUAACAUUGCCUGUCGGCGGCGAUGUUAAUUGUGUAGAAAACUCGGAACAAGAGUUGCCUUUUUUUCUUGUAACCUUUUGUAUUGCAUAAAAUACAAGAACCUGAACAUAGCUGAAGAGACAGACGCAACCCAGGAAGGGCAUUCGGGUGGCAGCCGCCCGUGGGGGGGUUCGUCUUCACGGCGAGCCGAGACGGGGGGACCGGACCCCAGGGCAGUGGGCGAGCAGUUGGAAGUGCUGAAAACCUAGAGGGGGGGAACCGAAAAAAGAAACCCCCAUGAACGGGCCGGCUUUUAAAUGUCACGUUCCAACUUCUGAACAACCCAAUGUGAAUUUCUAUGACAAAAAUGUGAACUGAUGUAAUAAUUGUGCUGUGAAACUUCUUCUGACAAAGCUUGUCCGGCAUCGUGAGCGGUGUCAAUCUCAGUUUGUAAAAUAUGUUUCAAGCUUUUGGUCCAACUUGUGACUAACUAGUUAAUGAAAAUAGCACAGUUGUGCAUGAUCAAUGGGUUUGUAUGUCUGUUGAACACUGCAUUGUUCCAGGUGGUUAUUUUAUUGUUUCCAAAAGUUUCACACAAUGUAUGUUAUAGUAUUAUAUAUUGUGUUCAGAUGCAUUCUUAAGAGAUUUUUAUAUGAAGUGAAUAAAUGAAAGCAUGACCCUG